CUGAGCUAGUGGUGGUGGCGACCCGAGAGUGCUCCAGCGACACGAGGUGACUGUCAGCCACAGCCCUCUGGACUUCCAGCCGCGACCUCCAGUCCCCGGACUGUCCCUGCUGUGUCCGGUAGCAUCUACGCGCCCGGUCCGAGCUCAGCAUACUGGGCGAUGGGUCCUAGUGGGGACUGACCAUCCUUACCUCUGUCCCUAGCCCCUCCAGACCGCCCCUCCCUCCGCUUCCCUUGGGGCGAGGAGCUGUCUGCGCCGCCCCUUUUCUCUCCAGUGCCCCGGCUCCCCUUGCUUCUGUCCCUCCCUCCCCGGGACCCAUUCCCCGGGCCACCAUGGCCGCGGCCAUAGCCAGCGGCUUGAUCCGUCAGAAGCGGCAGGCGCGGGAGCAGCACUGGGACCGGCCCUCUGCCAGCAGGAGGCGGAGCAGCCCCAGCAAGAACCGCGGGCUUUGCAAUGGCAACCUGGUGGAUAUCUUCUCCAAAGUGCGCAUCUUCGGCCUUAAGAAGCGCAGGUUGCGGCGCCAAGAUCCCCAGCUCAAGGGCAUAGUGACCAGGUUAUAUUGCAGACAAGGCUACUACUUGCAGAUGCACCCUGAUGGAGCUCUCGAUGGAACCAAGGAUGACAGCACCAAUUCCACACUGUUCAACCUCAUUCCAGUGGGACUGCGCGUUGUUGCCAUCCAGGGAGUGAAGACAGGGUUGUACAUAGCCAUGAAUGGAGAAGGUUACCUCUACCCAUCAGAACUUUUUACCCCUGAAUGCAAGUUUAAAGAGUCUGUUUUUGAAAACUAUUAUGUAAUCUACUCAUCCAUGCUGUACAGGCAACAGGAAUCUGGCAGAGCCUGGUUUUUGGGAUUAAAUAAGGAAGGGCAAGCUAUGAAAGGAAACAGAGUAAAGAAAACGAAACCAGCAGCUCAUUUUCUACCCAAGCCAUUGGAAGUUGCCAUGUACCGAGAACCAUCUCUGCAUGAUGUUGGUGAAACAGUCCCAAAAGCUGGGGUGACACCAAGCAAAAGUACAAGUGCAUCUGCAAUAAUGAAUGGAGGCAAACCAGUCAACAAGAGCAAGACCACAUAGCCAGAUCCUCAGGUGUCCUGACUUACUUGUCCAGAGCACAGUGGAGUGAUUUAUCUUUACUAGACAUUCCUGCUCCUGUUGCUGAAGAGCCCCAGCAAGCAAGCUAAUGCUUGUUCUAUUCUGCCUCAGACUUCCUUCAUUGCAAGCGGAUAAAUCUCAACCUGUGGUCCCCCCACACCAAGAAGACACCUGGACAAACCAGCUAAACUCAGACCAUGGAAUGCCCUACCAGAUAUGGAAUGCCUUUUUAAUAUCUUUUCUGUGACUGUGACACUUCAUGUGAAUGACAUACUUCACAAGUACACUCAAUACCUUGCCUGCUGACAGCUACCCAUAAUCCUUUUUGAGUCCUGUUUCAGCGAAAUCCAUGUGUUUAAUUUCAAUUUUGUAGCACACAAAUAAUACUGAAUAAUUUCUAGUUAGACGCUGUAAACCUGUGCUAUCAUGGAUUUCUCUUCUUUCCAUUUUUACAGGGCUGCUUGCUCCACUGUCUGUGACCUUUAGCAGGGAUUGUGUUCAUCUGAAUCUUCAAUGUUGCAGUUGGUUUACUUUGGAGAACAAUUAGGGAAUCAGGGAGCCUUCUAAAUCUAUUACUACAAAUCGUAUCUAUAAAGAUUAAGAUUGUUGUCUUUGGCUCACAUUAUCGAUUAAACACACAUAUAUGCUCUAUCCAGUAGGAGACGCUGUGCUCCCAAGGUAGGCAUUGCCUGGGUGGAACAAGGGUCAAACACAAUCCAUCAGAAGCUCUCCAUGAUAGGUGUUUGGCAUUCCCUCUUAGUUUCUUUGUGUGUGUGUGUGUUUUAUACAUAUCACAAGCUUACUGGUAAUGGUAACAUUUGCCUUGCCCAGCGAGCAAGACCCACUUGGUUUUUGAGAAAGUGGGUCCAAAGAAUUCUGUAGGCCUUGUAGGCCUGAUUAAGGUUCAUUUUUUUCAUCUAUUAAUCCUCAUUAUUAGGAAAAAAGAACAAAAACUAUAUCAUUACAAUCUAUAAGAAUUAUGCUACCUAAAUCCAUUCCCUACCCAUUCCUUCCUGUUUUUUAAUGAAGAUAACUCAAUGCCACCCCAAGUUGGGCUGCAUUCCAGUUAUCCUCAACCAAGCAUGGGCAAGGUGGCUGUUGUUUUCUUUUCUGCAGCAGCAAUGCACACAUUAGUAUAAAUUAGACUUUAAUAUUUUUGGUGUUCAAUGACAAGUUUUUAAACUGGACAUACGAGGGGAUUUUUUUUUCCUUUCCUUUCAAUUCUUUUCUUUCUUCCUCCUUCUCCUCCUCCUUCUCCUCCUUCUUUAGCUCAGCAUGCUCGGUCUGGUACUGUGGGUGUCAUUAAUACACAUCUCUAUCUCAGCUCUGUGUGGUCCAGCAGGCUGGGUCAGAGAUGACUUGCCAAGAUUUUAGAAUAUGGUUUGUUGAAUACCCUAAAUACAACUCAAGACAACCUAACACUCCAGCAUUAGUGGUCCGGGCCAUUUUAUUCAUUUAAUUUUGUUCUUUUGCUUUCUUAACUUCAUCUUGAAUUGAAUUCUGUAGAGCUCCAAGUUUAGAGAUACUAAAAAAGUCUGUGAUUGCUAGAGACACAGUUUGAAGAUUCCAUACCAAAUGUUCAAUAUCAGAUAUAAAGAGCUUCAAAAUGUUUAGUACUGAACUGUUUGGAAAUAUAUUUGUUAACUGUGUGUACACUUAAUAAAAUUCCGUGUUUUCUUCUCAGAAGAGUUCAUUAAGACCAAACUGAGUUCCUUUUAUAGAAAACAAUUGAUGUGGUAUCAGUGUACUGGCCUGUUGUUAUUUUUAUGUGGCAGGAUAACCCAGUUGCCGUUUACUCUCAUCUGCACUGUACUUGCUGGGAGAUUAUUUUCUCAUUGCUUUCAUGAAUCCCCAUGACAGCCCUUGCCCAGAGUAGAAAAGUUUUGGCCUGCUUAGCUAAUUAAAGAUUCAGUAUAAAUUUAA